AUGGGGGGAAAAGGAAAAAAAAAUAAUAAUUCAAAUAAUAAUGCAAGCAAUAAAAGAGUGGAUAGAGAAGUAAAAGCAUCACUUAGAAGAAGAAGAGAAAGAUUAAAGCAUGGUGGUGAAACAUGGAAGAAAGGUAUACAGAAAUUUGAAGAGCAACUAAAUCCAUUAGGUUUAUAUAUUAAAGAUGUAGCAGGUGAUGGUAAUUGUUUGUUUCGUUCAAUUGCAGAUCAAUUAGAGGAAUCACCAAAUCAACACAGAAAGUACAGAGAUAAUAUAUGUAAAUAUAUCGAAAUGAACAAAGAUAUUUUUAUACCUUUUGUAGAUACCGAUGAAUUUGCAUCAUUUGAAGAAUAUGUCGAAGAAAUGAGAGAAGAUGCCACAUGGGGUGGCCAUAUCGAAAUUCAAGCUUGUUCAUUAGCAUAUGAAAUCAACAUAACAAUUCAUCAAAUGGAUCAACCAAGAUGGGAAGUUAUAAAUCAUUUUCCAGUUGAAAAAAAUAAAAUGAUAAAUCUAUCCUAUCAUAAUGAUGAACAUUAUAACAGUGUAAAAUCAAUUAACAAUAGAGCAACAACUGCAACAACCAAUAGUACAAACUCACCUAUACCAAACUUUGAUUUUAAUCCAAACAAUAAUAACAAAAACAAAAAUAAUAAAAAUAAAAACAACAGCAACAAUUACAACUAUAACUAUUAUGAAGAAAACGAUUAUGACACAGAGGAUUCAAUUUCGCAAAUUAUAGAUGUAACUGGUGUAACAGAUCUUAAACUAAUUAAAGAUGCUUUAAAAGAUUGUCAAAAUGAUAUCGAAGCAGCAAUUGAAUAUUUAUUUAUUUUUAAAACCCCUGAAGGCAAUAAUAACGAAAGUGAAAACAAAAGUGAUGAAAACACCACCACAACCACCACAACCACCACAACCACAACCACCACAACCACCACAACAGCAACUGGUAAAAACAAUAAAGUAUCAAAAAAUCCCUAUAAAGGUGUAAAGAAAAUGGAACAAAAAAAGAAAGAGGAAGUUUUAGAUGAAAAUGAAAACGAUAAUGUUCAUUUAAGUAAUAAACAAAGAAAGCAACAAAAACAACAACAAAAUAAUCAAAAUAAUCAAAAUAAUAAUAACCAUAGCAAUACAAAUAUUAAUCAAAACAAUAAUGUUAAUAACGAAAUUGUUGACACCUUAGGAUCACUUUCAAUAUAA